AUGACCUUGGCCGCUUACUUCAGUGAUGCAGCCUAUUUAGCUACGCUCCAUCCUCUUGCUGGUAUUGUGGCUAGUUGUGGUAAGCUCAUGAACCAGUUUGACAGCUGUACUGUUAGGCAUAUCUACAGAGAAAAGAAUUGUGUUGCAGACGGAUUAGCUAACUGGAGCUAUAACAUGGGUCUUGGCGUGUGUUAUUUUGAUUUUGCUCCGAGUUGGAUCGGUUCUUUAGUUAUUGGCGACUUGAUUGGGGUGUCUCGUCCCCGUCUUUUCUGUGUUGAUUUGUUGUAG